UUGUGUUGACAGCAGCGCCCGCAUUUGUCGCUGAAGAGCCGCAGUCGGUACUAAUUGUGCCAAAUGGAGUAGCCUCAAAGCGAUCAUUUCAGGUUACGCAUUUAAAAGAAAUCGGACGCGAAACUUAAACGUCCUCGCAGCUGCACUAUGGCUGACGACCAGUCCACACAACCCUGGUCACUCGACAAGGAUGACUACGUUCUCAACGAGGUGAUCGGCAGUGGAGCCACUGCAGUGGUCCAAGCAGCCACCUGCAAGCCCAGAAAGGAGAAGGUGGCCAUAAAACGUAUCAACCUUGAAAAAUGUCAAACUAGCAUGGAUGAGCUCCUGAAGGAGAUCCAAGCAAUGAGCCAGUGCCACCACCCCAACAUUGUAUCAUACUACACCUCCUUUGUGGUGAAGGAUGAACUUUGGCUGGUCAUGAAGCUGCUCAGUGGUGGUUCAGUCUUGGACAUCAUCAAACACAUCAUCUCACGAGGUGAACACAAGUCUGGAGUGUUGGACGAGGCCUGCAUUGCCACUAUCUUGAAGGAAGUAUUGGAGGGGCUGGAAUACCUUCAUAAAAACGGACAAAUUCAUCGUGAUCUAAAGGCUGGAAAUAUUCUUCUUGGGGAUGAUGGCUCAGUUCAAAUUGCUGAUUUUGGUGUGAGUGCCUUUCUAGCAGCAGGUGGGGAUAUGACCAGAAACAAGGUUCGGAAAACGUUUGUGGGGACGCCAUGCUGGAUGGCCCCUGAGGUCAUGGAGCAGGUGGGAAUCUUGUUUCAUAGAUGGCAUCCAUUUCAUUGGUUUCUCCUGGUUGGUUUUUGUUUAUUCUGCUUCGCUUUACAGGUCCGUGGCUAUGACUUUAAAGCUGACAUCUGGAGUUUUGGCAUCACUGCCAUUGAGCUAGCCACAGGAGCAGCUCCAUAUCACAAGUAUCCACCAAUGAAGGUGCUGAUGCUGACUUUGCAGAACGACCCACCGUGUCUAGAGACAGGCAUCACAGACAAGGAGAUGGUAAAGAAAUAUGGCAAGUCCUUUAGAAAGAUGAUCACCUUGUGUUUACAGAAGGACCCAGAAAAAAGGCCAACUGCAGCUGAGUUACUUAAGCACAAAUUCUUCACAAAAGCUAAGAAUAAUGACUACCUGCAGGAGAAGCUCCUACAUAAAGGUCCAUCAAUAACGGAUCGGUCAAAAAAGGUGAGACGUGUUCCAGGGUCCAGUGGCCGCCUCCACAAGACAGAAGAUGGUGGCUGGGAGUGGAGUGACGAUGAGCUGGAUGAGGAGAGUGAGGAAGGGAAAGCUGCAGUGGCUGCUCUGCGGUCACCCAGAGUGAGGGACGGGUCUCAGACUACAGAGAUUUUCUCACCACCGGAUGGGUCAAGUCCACACCUAAAACCACCUUGCACUGUCAAUGCGAAUGUUACCCCUGUGGGACAAAGUGGCGAAGAUGUUUCACCACAGGUUCCCACUCCUGCUCAAACAGCGAGCCCCUCGCAUGGGCCCUCCACCCAGGAUCCCGUUGUUUCAGAUGCCAGCGUUCCCAUCAGCCUCGUUCUGAGGCUGAGGAAUCCAAAGAAGGAACUCAAUGACAUCAGAUUUGAGUUCAUGUCUGGUCGAGAUUCUGCUGACGGAGUCUCUCAGGAGUUGGUUUCAGCUGGUCUAGUUGAUGGGAGAGAUUUAGUCAUUGUUGCUGCUAAUCUGCAAAAGAUUGUGGAUGAUCCUCACAGUCACAAAAAUGUCACCUUUAAGCUGGCGUCUGGUGUGGAAGAGUCAGAAAUUCCUGAUGACAUAAAACUUGUCGGCUUUGCGCAGCUCAGCAUCAGCUAAGUCAACUAGCCGUGCAGCAAAAGACAGCAACUACUGGUAAUGCACAGCUGCAUGCUAGUAAAUUCUACGACGCCACUGCUGCCAAAGAGGAGGACGACGAGAUGUAAAGCUGGCUAAGUGUGACACUGCGGCAGGAUGCACGAGGACCACGUGGAGAUGAGGUUCAGUUCAUCACAGGAACACACUUGAAACGUUUACAGUGCGCUUAUUCUUGGGAGAGGACAUGCAAUCAAUUACUAACCCCCCCCAACCCCACAGCCCCGUUCGUAAGCACAACCUAAACAAUCUGUCUGUACUGGAAAAGAUGCCUUCCUCGCUCCUUUUUAUCUUUUUUUGUGUGUUUAGAUUAAAUUGUGCCACAAAACUCACAUGAGUUGAAAUGCCACCUUAUGCUACACUGAAUUUGACCAGUGAAAAUUAAGCCUUACACUAUUAACUAUGUUAUCAACUGCACAACUAUUAGUGAUUGGCUUAAUAGUUCAAUGCAUUUCUAAGAUCUAAGAAAUUCCUUCAUAAUUUAGAAAUGUAAGGCAAAUCGAAAGCAAAUUACCUCCCUUACAGUUGAAGUACAGCCAAAGAGAUCAAUCAGGCAUCAACUCCACAAAUAAACUCUUUCAAAUGUUCUUACAUUGUUCCUUUAGCGGCGUUGGGUCACAAUUUUAGUUGCGACACUCAAGUUUUCUGAAGUAUUCAAAAUCAUUGUAGACCGGCCUGAUAUUUUUAUCCUAUGCAAUUUUUUGUUUUCACUGGAUGUGAUGCUGUUGUUCCUAUCACAUUUUUGGCUGAAUUGUAUCUCUGUACCUCAAUAUUUCAUGUGUCAAGCAGCAAGGUAGCUCCUCAAACGGAAUUUAGCAAAGUGAAUUCUUGACACGCCUACACGGGUCACAAUUGCUUUAAUUUGUUUGCUAAUUUCAGCAUACACGUGGUAAUAUUGUCUUUUUAUUUUGUUGCUUUAAGAGCUUUUGGGGAAUCCUUAAUGCAUCUGAGGAGUGAUGAGUCUAUGCUGGUUUGGCUUGAAAAGGCCACCAGGUUUUGAACUUCACUGGAGGGAACUGGAAAUGUUUCACCAAAGUAAAGGAGACACUUCACCUAAAUGGCACUCACAACGCUUGGUAUAUAACCAUGCAAAUGAGUGAACCCAAAUUGUAGGAUAAUCGCUCCCUAUGUACAGUGAGGAGAAAAAAGUAUUUUAACACCCUGCGAUUUGCAAAUUCUCCCACUUAAAAUAAAAUGAUGAGCGGGUUUGACAUUUUCAUGGUAGGUGCUUGUCUACUGUGAGAGAUAAUCUUAAAAAAAAAAAAAAAAAAAAAAUCCAGAAAUCACGGUGUAUGAUCUUUUAAACAAUGUAUUUCUUUUAUACUUCUGCAAAUAAGUAUUUGAACCUGAGAAAAUCAAUGUCAAUACUUGGUACAGUAGCCUUUGUUUACAAUUACAGAGGUCAAAUGUUUCCUAUAACGUUCCAUCAGGUUUGCACGGACUGCAGCCGGGAUUUUGCACCAUUGCUCUGCACAGAUCUUCUCUAGAUCAAUCAGGUUUCUGGAGUGUAACUGAGAAACACAGAAUUUGAGCUUCCUCCAGAGAUUUUCUAUUGAGUUUAGGUCUGGAGACUGGCUAGGCCCCUCCAGAACCUUGAUAUGCUUUUUAUGAAGCCACUCCUUGGUAAGGGUGUAAUGCUACAUGUAUUUGUAUUGAACCGUUUCGGUACGUGGUGCUCGGUUCGGAACGGAGGCGUACCGAACGAGGUUCUGACGUAAUGUCACCCUUACUUUUCGAGGCUGUGAGUCGAUCGGGUUACAGUUUCUUUGUGUAGAUUAUAUUUACUCCGUCUUGUCUACUAUAAUGAGGACCAACACGGUAGGAUAGUAUAACCCAGAAACGUCAACGGCGCGAGAACGCAGUGAAACGCAGGCGUUAAAGUCAAUCAGACAAUGCACACCAGUCGCAGUGCGGCCGCGUGUUAGACGCGUCCCAGAAGCGGCUCAACACGACGCACGCGAAAAGAAUGGCUGAGUUUAUUAUUUGACACGAAACGCGACCCUCCUGCGUCAAUACUACUACCGGUAGCUAGGAUCGGGCAGAGCUGAAGUCACUUGUGUAAAAAUACGGUGGAUCCGGUCGAUUUUCAAUUUAAUAUGCAAUCGUAACCCACUUUUUGAGUCCAUCAGAUCUCUUGAGUGGUAAAUCGGGGCACAGUUUACUUGUCUUUAUUGAUUUACUGCUGUCUUCUCUGCUACAAUAAUAACCAACAUGGCCCCGUAUUCAAUACAAAACCCUCCUACCGCAACAAAAAUCCACCAAUAAAGCUUUUGAAAACCGUUCAUAAGAAAAAAUAAAUGAUUCAUUGAGGCAUUUCAUUUGGAAAAUACGUGUUAAAAUCUUUGUCAUUGGGAUUGCUUUUCUCUUUAGCACAGGACUUUUUUUUUUUCUUUCUUUCAGAAAGAAAGCUGACUAAUACGUGGGGUCUGAAAGGCAAAUUUUUGUUGGAUUAUCUUUAAAUACCCGCUACUUUUUGAGCAGAAUUCUAGCUUUGUAUAGGCUAAUGUUUGUAUUGUUGAAAGCACAAAGGUGUGUAAUAAACAACUAGCACAUUUACAUUUUGCAUUUUGUUUUCUUACUGUACCGAAAAAGAACCGAACCGUGACCUCAAAACCGAGGUACGUACCGAACCGAGAUUUUUGUGUACCGUUACACACCUAUUCCUUGGUUAUUCUGGCUGUCUGCUUCGGGCCAUUGUCAUGUUGGAAGACCCAAUCCCUACCCAUUUUCAAUACUCUAAUUGAGGGAAGGAGGUUAUUCCCGAAAUCUCACAAAUGACAAUACAUUGUCCUGAUCAUCCUCUCCUUAAUACAGUGCAGUCGUCCAGUCCCAUGUGCCGAAAAACACCCCGCAAAGCAUGAUGCUAUCACACCCAUGCUUCACAUUAGGGAUGGUGUUCUUUGGAUGGUACUAAUCAUUCUUCUUCCUCCAAACAUAGAGUGGAAUUAAGACCAAAAAGUUCCAUUUUUAUCUCAUACGACCACAUGACUUUCUCCAAUGACUCCUCUGGAUCGUCCAAAUGGUUAUUGGCAAACUUAAAACGGGCCUAGACGUGCUGGUUUUAGCUGGCAAAGCUUCCGUGCCAUGCAUGAUUUUAAACCAUGACGUCUUGGUGUAUUGCCUACAGUAACCUUGGAAAUGGUGGUCCCAGUUCCUUUCAGGUAAUUAACCAGCUCCUCCUGUGUGGUUCUUGGCUGAUUCCUCGCCAUUCUUAGGAUCAUUGAGACAGGGUAGAUCUUCCAUGGAGCCCCAGUCUGAGGGACGUUGACAGUCAUGUUUAGCGUCUUCCAUUUUCUAAUAACGGUGGAUCUUAUAUCACCACGCUGCUUGGCAAUCGCCCCAUAACUCUUGCAAGCCUUGUAUAGGUCUACAAUUCUGUCGCUGGUGUCUUUGGAAAGCUCUUUGGGGUGUAUUGAGUGGACAGGUGUUUAUAUGUAGCUAACCGCUUCAAACUGGUCAAAAAGUCAGACUCAAAAAGCCCACCUCCACUCCACUUAUUUAGGAUAAUAAGUGGAGUGGAGGUGGACUUUUAAAGGCGACUAACAGGGCUUUGAGGUUCACAAUUCUAGCUAAUACACAGGUGUUCAAAUAAUUAUUUGCAGCAGCAUAAUACAAAUACAUUUUUAUAAAGUCAUACACUGUGAUUUCUGGACUUUUUAAGAUUGCCUCUCACAGUGGACAAGCACCUACCAUAACAAUUUUAAACCCGCCAUUUCUAAGUGGGAGAACUUACAAAAUCGCAGGAUCUUCAAAGACUUAUCCUCACUCUAUUACAAAUGAAUAUAAAUCUUGAAUGGUAUUAUUUAGGAUUUAGGAUUAAGUGGCUGCAAGUAUACACUAGAAAACAAUCCCACUCCAAAAUCAUCUUAGAAUACGCUGCAGCUCAGAUGUGACCCUAAAUAGGAAAUGUAUGCAUUGGAUAUAUUGUAAUUGCGUCCAGUGGCCUUACACUUAGAUAAGAUAAUCAGGGCAUUCAAAUCUGAUAGCAUGAAACGCUAAAGGAUUAUCAUUUCAGAGAGUUGUUUUUGGCAGCCAUUUUAAUUUUCGUCUUAGUCUUUUGGACGAAAAUACUUUUAGUCUUGGUCAUAUAUUAGUCAUUUCAAAAUGUAUUCGUCUUUGUCUAGUUUUUAGUUGACAAUUCUCAAAAUGUUUUAGUCUAUAAAUUUCAAAAGUUUUAUUCCAUGAAUAAAUAAAUAAAAAGUUUCCAGCAAUUUCAAAUGAACAUGACAGACGAACACAUAACUGUAGAUUCUACAAGGACAUCGACAUUUUCAUGAUGAUAAUACACACUUAGCAGGAAAAUAGCACAUUAUUUGCAAUUAAUUAAGCUCACCUGGAUGCCACGAACUGUAUGUAAAAUGUUUUCCAAGAGUUUAAGAAGACAGUCACAGUGCUAAAUGCUAAUGCUACAAGUAAGUUUAGUGUGUGAUGAUCACUCUGCACAGACCCUUGAAGGCUAAAGCAACAUGGCAAAGCCAAGAUAACACAAAACUUACCAAGCAGCACCUGACAAAUUUGUUUCACAAAAGGAGCCUGGAAUGGGCACAGGCUUACUCACCGCUGUGUGUGGAGCGAGGGGGGGCUCAAGACGUCACAUGAGUGACACAACCAAACACUGCUAAAUACGUGGUAACAACACAUACAAUAAGAAAAUAUCAGUCAUUGUUAAUUUAUGACGGAAACUAUGGAAAAUUUUCAUCUCAUUCUCGUGUCAUCAGACGACAACUGGCAUCCAUCUCGUAUUUUUUAGUCUCCCAAGACACAUUUUCAGCGCGACAUCAUUAUGAAAAUUUUCGUUAUCGUCAUCGUUGACGAAAGCAACAUUGGUUUUAGAUUGCCUUGCAAGAGAAUGGAAACAUGCGUACUACCUCUUUUUUAAAAAAAUUGUUAACCGCACUAUCCAGAUUCUAUCCAGAUUCUAUCCAGAUUGAAUCACUGCCAAACAUUACAAAUUAUUGUAUUGCUGAUAAUUUUUAUAACUAUUAUUAUUAUGAAUAGGACUUCAGCACUAUAGUGUACAGUAACCUACUAUUGGGACGUACAAACAAAUUUGUCUACCCACUUGGUGAUUGUGCAGGUUGCUUCAAAAGCAAAAAGCAAACAUUUUAGAAAACGACAGGUAUGGCCCCGAGCCCUGACCAACUCAGCAUGGUUUGGAGCUGAUCUUUGAAAGCUCAUAAUAGAAAAUAAUUAUGCCCGAGUCGAUCCUUGGGAGUGUCGCUAAAUAGCCAGAUUAUCUUGUAGUGUAAGGCCACUUAUCGAGUGCCAAUAUCCAUGUGUGUUUCAAAUUAAAGAAAAAAAGACCACGAUUUUUUUUUUUUCCCUGUUAGCAUGCUCACACAUUGCUUUUUUCCCCCCUUUAGCGUGCUAACACCCAUGCUAGCAUGAGUGCUUCGUACUUAUAGGAUGUUUGUUGUCAUUGCAGUUAAAUACACAAAUCCAUUCAAGAAUUGCUAUGGAGUAUAUUAAAAAUUUGGGUGAUGUGACCUUCCCAGAAAAGUAGUUGCCUGGGAAAUUGGCGUGCUUGGCCACAGUUUUAGUGUCUUUCCAAUCCAAACACUCCUUUUGUCAUGCGUCACUCCCAAUGUAGCUGUUUGUUUUAUUUGUACCACAUGAAAGGGCUGCCUUGAAGCUGCUUGUUCAGGUACUGGAGUGAGUGGUGCGUAAAGAAUGAGUCACGUAUGUAUGUCGCAACUCCAAGCACUGUCAGGUAACAUUUUUUUUUUUUUUUUCAAAUCCGUAACAAUGUUGGUGCAUUUGACUGUUAAACAUAUACAUACCGCAUAAAACAACUUGCAAAUGUUGAUUCCGGAAUACAGAUGGUGAAUCUGAUUGUUGACUCAUCUUGAGUCAAAUGGAGUUUUUUGUUUGUUUGUUUGUUUACUGCCAUUUGCCUUUGUCAUUUGCAUCACUGAUUAUUCACAAGUUGUUUUUGGCACCUUUCACAUGUUAA